AAAAUAAAAUCAUCGGUCGGUGAGUAGCGAGUUGUUGAGCCAUCGAAUCGAGGUAGAAAAGUUCAAACUCAAUGGCACUGCUAAAUUAUUCCAGAGUCUUCUCAAAAACCCUCAACUCAAAAGCUGUAGGCAGAACUCUCACUCCCUCAUUUGCUCGCCUUCAGAUUCGAUCCAUGGCUACUUCCGAGAUCAAGAAGAUUCAGAUUCAAAGAGACGACACCACAUUUGAUGCAUAUGUGGUUGGAAAAGAAGACGCGCCUGGAAUCGUUGUUCUUCAGGAAUGGUGGGGAGUUGAUUUUGAAAUCAAGAACCACGCCCUCAAAAUUUCCAAACUUGACCCUGGAUACAAAACACUUAUACCCGAUUUAUACCGAGGAAAAGUUGGUCUUGAUGCUGCAGAAGCACAACAUUUAAUGGAUGGUCUUGAUUGGCAAGGUGCUGUAAAGGACAUUCAAGCUUCAGUUAACUGGCUCAAGGCCAAUGGCUCACAGAAGGUUGGUGUGACUGGAUAUUGUAUGGGUGGUGCUCUUGCUAUUGCAAGUUCUGUUUUAGUCCCUGAGGUUGAUGCUGCUGUUGCAUUUUAUGGAGUUCCUCCUAAUGAACUUGCAGAUCCUACCAACAUUAAAGUACCUGUACAAGCUCAUUUUGGUGAACUUGACAACAUUGUUGGAUUUUCGGAUGUUAAGACUGCUAAAGCUUUGGAGGAAAAACUGAAGGCAUCUGGAAAGCCAUAUGAGGUAUAUAUUUAUCCUGGAGUAACACAUGCAUUUAUGAACACUUCUCCUGAAGGUGUGGAAAGGAGAAAGAAUUUGGGAAUGAUAGAUCAAACCGAAGCUGAUCCUGCUGAUGUGGCGUGGUCUCGUUUCCAAUCUUGGAUGAAUCGUUAUUUAUCAGCUUGAGUUUAAUCAUAUAAUCGAGGUAGUAAUAAUAAUAAUAAUAAACCUAAACACCAUCUUAGGAUAUAAUCAAGGAUUUGGUAAAUUUUGUUAAAAGUUGUGUGGUGUCCUUUUGUAAGAUCAAUUUUUUGUUCGUGGUUAUGUUUGUUGUUAAUGUUAGAG